CGUGAUAGCUAGGACAGGGCGGCAAGACGCCAUGUUUGGUGUUCUAUGCCCGUCAUCUAUGCCUAACAAACGCAAACGAGACUUAAGCGUACCAAACAUAAAUUUACAUCGCAACGGUCACCUCUCAAUGGACCUCGAAACAGUCGAUAUUAAAAAGUCGCGUGUCGACCGGUUAGAAGCAUCACCUUCACGUGUUGUGCAUAUACGAAAUAUGCCAGCAGAUGCGACCGAAAAUGAGAUUGCCCUUUUCGCCAUACCGUUUGGCUUGCUUAAAAACAUGGUCCUUUCUAAAAGAAAUAAUCAAGCACUCAUUGAGAUGCAUGUUUUGGACGAAGCUGUGCAACUAGUUGCUCAUUAUUUGAAGUAUCCCGUGACUUUGCAUGGGAAACACCUAAUCUUUCAAUUUUCUACCCAUUCCCAUCUCGAAUUAAUUUCAGAAAACGAUGCAAUAGUUAAUGCCAUUAAAAAUGCCAACCGUGUCGUUCAGCAAGAUCUUCCAGGUGCUCAAACAGGUGUUCCUAACACUGUAUUACAUGUUGUCAUCGACAAUAUCAUGGGACAACAAAUUAACCAUGUUAUUUUGUAUAAGAUUUUUCAUCGGUUUGGAACUAUUUUACGUGUCUUAAUUUUUUUACGUAAUAACCAGUAUCGAUGCUUGUUGGAAUUCCAAAAUCAUAUUCAAGCAUUCGUUGCCAUGUUGCUUCUAAACGGUCAGAAUAUUUAUACGGGUUGUUGUUCUCUUCAAGUGGAAUUUUGGAAAACACGAGGUCCUUUGGAAGUCCGUCGUGAGAAUGAUAAGUGUCGCGAUUAUACUGUGUCACCUCUUACUGAUGAUGAAUUAAAUAGUUUGCAAGCACUUCCAAGUGGAGUAACUGUAACAACGAAUAAUCCAACUAUCAAUUCAAUUCCUCAACCUUCUAUCGGCCAAAAUAUACAGCUAGGUAAUCCGGCUGCAGCUUUCACCACUGUCCCCCAAGCUGCAGUCUCAGGUAUCAAUGAUCUCGCUAUUCAGUUAACGUUGCUUGCUCAACAAUCUGGUCUUGCACUGACUCCUGCUGCAGCCGCCGCAACUGCUAGCUUCAUGGCACUAACUGCUCAGGGUGGAAAUACUACUAUAAACCCAAAUCCAGGGGCUGUUUUAAAUGCUGCAACGCUGCAAGGUCCUCGUACAGUUCUACCAGCUGUACAAAACCAAACACAACUUUUGCCGAACUUGAUUAAUCAAUCUGCACCUAAUUUGGGUCAAACUGGAGCUAGUACUGUGUUGAUAGUCUCCAAUCUCAACGAGGAGAAAGUAUAUCCAGAUGCAUUGUUUACACUCUUCGGUGUUUAUGGUGAUGUAACUCGAGUUAAAAUAAUGUUCAAUAAAAAGAGUACUGCUCUUGUGCAGUUUUCAGAUCCACAACAAGCUCUAACAGCUUUGUAUUAUCUCAACGGGCAACCACUAUAUGGAAAACCCUUGAAAAUAGCUGUUUCACGCUUUAACAUUGUCCAGUUGCCGAAAGAGGAUAGUGAUGUCGGACUUACUAAAGACUAUACUAAUAGUCCACUUCAUCGUUUUAGAAAGCCGAAUUCUAAGAAUUUCGCCAACAUUUAUGCUCCUAAUCAUGUUUUGCAUUUAAGUAAUAUACCUUCUGCUAUUACAGAAGAAGAGGUUAGAAUGAUCUUCGAAACGAAAGGAUAUCAUGUUACAGACUUCAAGUUUAUGAUGAAAGAUAAAAAGAUGGCCUUAAUCCAAUUGGAAAAUGUGGAUAUGGCUAUCCAAGCUCUGAUUGACCUUCAUAAUUGUCAGCUAACAGAAAAUUCUCAUUUGCGUAUCAGUUUCAGCAAAACAGCUAUAUGAAAAAUGAGUAAUCUACCUGAUCAGUUUGUUCUAACUUUCCUUGACUUCGAUUUCGCAUACAUAAACACUUUUAUAUUCUCAGCUAGUAUUUUUCUUAUUUUGUUUAAUCUUUUGUGAAAACCACAUAGGUCUUUAUGUUAUGUUAUGCUAUACUCGUUUAUACCUGUCAAAUUUUUAACCUCGCAAACAUUCAAAAUGGAAUUCAAACUUAAGAUCAAUGCAAAAGUAGGGCUUAUUGAUCGACAUUCACACUGAAUGUGAUUCACAUUACUCCUAUUUUACUCUGGGAUUUUUAAGCCCGUCUAAUGUGAUUUUCAGUUUCAUACAAAGUUUCGAAUGCUUUCCAACUAGGAUUAUGUUAUUUGUAAGUCUUCCACUUUAUCAAACAGUUAAAAUACGCAUUAAUUUCAAGCAGUAAGUAAGUAAGUGAUCAGCCAAUCUAGCUCCUUAUUGAUAAAAUACAACACUCCAUGUACUCGGCAGUAUUUCUGACACUGUCAGUACUUUUCUCAAAAACUAUUUCUAAAGAUGUACGAUCAUCACAUACUAUUCUAAACCAAAGUAUUCACAAUUUGUUUUACUUGAAAAAUUAAUCACAAGAAAACUAGCUGUUAAUCGAAAAGUUGAAUACGAUGCUUAGAUUCAUAGAAUGUGAUUUCUUUGAUGUCAGUAUAGUCAUUUUAGAACGAUGGAUAGCGUUAAAAAGCUGUCCACUUUUUAUGUAAGAACAAACUGGAUAUGUUGUAAAUAGUAGGGAUAUAUGAUAUUAGGGCGCAUGUGUUCAUUCUCUUUCAAACUUACUAACGCUCUUCUUUUAUAGUUCUUUUUCUUCAGUAUACUAGUCUAUUAUUGUCUCAUGAAAACUCAUAGUGAUUUACAAAAUGAUCCGUAAACUCUAAGACGUUAUUUAUUUUAUUCUAAAUUGUAACCUCAAUAUUUAGAUUCAUACCUUCAAUUCGAUUCUUGUUGAAACUUCAGUAUGGAGGCUACAUUUUACCAAUCACGACACUGUAAAUAGAAAAAUGUUUACCAUAAAUAAAA